AAAAUCCCGUGCGAAAUUGCGUCCGUCUCCGAGACGCAACUCUCGCGCGUGCACAGAAUCGAGCCCAAUUAGCCUCUUUACCCGUCGAUUUGCUGGGUGAAGUGCACAACAGCAAGCCUACUUCCUGCCUCCUCUUAUUGAGUUUUAGCGUGGCUUUCGUUGUUGGGUCAGGGUUUAGACGGACUUGGCAGCCAUGGCGUCCAUGGCAACGACUGCAUUCCACGCUGCCACUGCUGCCAACAGAGCUUGCCUUAGCUCCAUUGCUGCCUCGUCUGCUUCUCCAGCCUCGUGCAGGAGCGUUUCUUUCUCCUCGUUUAGACUCGCAGCUGCCUCUGGAUUGCCAGGCUUGAGCUUGUCGUCUGCGUCGGUGCGGGGUGGGUUCGUGAGAUUGCAGAGUGAUGGAGUUUCUAAGGUUAGUGUGCAAGGCAUGCCCGUGCAGGUUCGAGCUGAUUCUUCUGCUUCCGCGGGUCCCAAGUCGGGAUCCUCUACCUUCAAGGUUGCGGUCCUGGGAGCUGCCGGAGGAAUCGGGCAACCGCUCUCUCUCUUGAUCAAGAUGUCCCCCUUUGUGUCCGAACUUCGCUUGUAUGAUAUUGCGAAUGUUAAGGGAGUUGCUGCAGAUCUUAGCCAUUGCAAUACCCCCGCACAGGUGUCUGCCUACACCGGCGCUGGAGAGCUCGCAGGAGCAUUGAAGGAUGUUGAUCUCGUGAUCAUCCCGGCUGGAGUUCCGCGCAAGCCUGGCAUGACCAGAGAUGAUUUGUUCAAUAUCAACGCCGGCAUUGUCAGAAGUCUCGUUGAAGCUGUUGCUGACCAUUGCCCCAACGCCUUGAUUAACAUCAUCAGCAAUCCUGUGAACUCCACAGUCCCAAUUGCUGCGGAGGUUCUCAAAGCCAAAGGUGUUUACGACCCCAAGAAAGUCUUCGGUGUGACUACAUUGGACGUAGUGCGUGCCAACACAUUCGUAGCUCAGAAGAAGAACUUGCGUCUCAUUGAUGUGAACGUCCCCGUGAUUGGUGGGCAUGCCGGUAUCACUAUUCUUCCCUUGCUUUCAAAGACGAAGCCUACCGUUGAGUUUAUGCCCGAGGAGGUGGAAGAGCUGACGGUGCGCAUUCAAAAUGCUGGUACCGAGGUUGUGGAGGCCAAGGCUGGAGCUGGAUCUGCUACUCUCUCAAUGGCGUAUGCUGCCGCCAGAUUCGCUGAAUCUUGCAUGCGAGGAUUGGAUGGCGACUCCGAUGUUUAUGAGUGCGCUUAUGUGCAAUCUGAGGUCACGGAUCUGCCUUUCUUUGCCACCACGGUAAAGCUUGGAAAGAAGGGAGUUGAGGAAAUUGUUGGUGAGGAUUUGAGUGGCUUGACCGAAUACGAGAAGAAGGCUGUGGAGGCGUUGAAGGCAGAGUUGAAGGGCAGCAUUGAGAAAGGUGUCCAGUUUGCGAAUAAGCAGGCUGCCGCCGUCUAAAUUCAAUUAGACACGCAAGUACUUGCGGUGGGGUGUUAGCAUUCAACGUUGGAUUCCAUUGAUACGUCUUCAAAUGUUUUUCUUUAGCACGAGUUUGAUUGAUAUUGGCCCCCACCACAUUUCGAAAUUCCAGUAGUUGAGUUAAUUUUGCGAGUGACUUGGUGGUACUGGUCACAAUAUAGCAUUAUACCCCCAUUUUCAUGUCCUUUUUGUGUGACAAAGGGGACUCAAAUUCUUGUUCAGACAAAUUGGAAGACGGUACGUGAAUUUUUGCCUCUGA